AUGGCGAGGCUCAACGAUUAUACGGCUCCCGCAGAGUCAAUCGAAGCCCUCAAGCGACGAUUUGUGCGACAGAACCGAGAAAUCGCAAGAGUCAACUCCAUGCAAUCUCUUCGUAUCCGCAGCUUAGAAUCAGAAGUUUCGCAUCUUCUGGCCGAGAACGUGUCAUUGCGCCAGGAAGUAAUCAAUUUGACCCAAGAGACGGAGCGAUUGGCGGCAGCGAAAACUUUGCACUCGGGCAUCUAUGAUAUCAAGUCGCGACUCGACACGAAGUUGGCAGAGUUGAACGAUCUUGCAUCUGAACUGGGCAUGCUGCCUCGGAAAGCGACCAAGCUUGACAAACCCGACCACGAGCGCCCAAAAGUGGCGGAAGCACGACCGCAGCCGAUGGAUUUGGAGAAUGGCGUGGACGACGGAAGACUACCUGCCAUUCUAGAGGACAAAUAUUACCCUCGAAGAACCUUUGAAACACAAGAGAUCCAGAAUCUCGUUCGGUCAGACUCCACUCCAGAGCAGCCAGUCCUGCACCUCGAAUUAUCAGAAAAAUCUCCUGGCAUCGACAGCCCUACACCCAGCCCGAAGAAGCACGAACCCCUAUCAAACAUCCCCCUCGAGGAACCCGCCAGUCCCGAUCCAUUCCUUCCCCCCACCCUUGAGACGCGCAAGAAGAAAAAGAAAGCAGACCCGACAAUCCCUACCAAUGAGGCCAACACACUUUUGAGUGGCGAAACAAAACGACCCACGAAGUCAGGGUCCAAACGCAAAUUCAGCCCGGAUGAGGACGGGGCGUUGUCAGAUGUGGUUUCAGAAAGCGACGAAUUCCAAUUUAGCCGACAUAUUCAAAGUCCUCAAAAAUCCACCACGUUAGACCUAGGGCUUGAAGAUCGAGCCUUGUCGCCAAUCAAGGCUCCCGUGAGCAUACGACGAGGAUCAGCGGCUGGAACUAUGAAACGGAAGGUUCUUGAACCAAAGAGCGCAAAUUUAAAUCUGAACUCACCCAAGAAAGCCCGUGCAUCAUUGCAUCCGGACAAGAAGAUCUCCCAGUCAAGAUGCGACGAAAACACCGUCUCGCCACAGAAAUCAAAGAUGGUAGAGAAACCCGAAAGGAGCUUGAGUCAGGCAGCACGUCGUCCUCGUACAGUGGAUGCCCAAACAGAGAAGCAUUCUCAAUUGUCCGUGGAUCAACCAAUCCUAGUCUUACCAAAGGACUCACCAAUUGUCCAAACGACCUCCAUCGACAGUUCCGAUGACGCAUCCACAUCCCGAUCUUCACGGCGUCGAGGUGCGGUAGUUAGCUAUGCAGAGCCCAACCUUCGAGCCAAGAUGCGUCGCCCAACAGAGGGGUUCAUUGACGCAGUUGGGAAGAAUGGAUCACGCCGAUCAUCCAGUUUCCAACUUGACUCGGGUGAUGCGGAUAACGGAGAAAGGCCAACACAUAGUCCUUGUCCAGCUAGGAAUGAGAUAGACGACUCCACUUCCAACCCGAUGAAUACUUCGCGAGUUGAUGGCUACCAAUUAUCAGAGACUGUUUCCCGAAGAAGACAAUCUCGACGACACUCUUCGAACCCAAAGAGUACCCGUGAACCUUCGCAACGAUUAUCCGAGACCGUUUCCUUGAAAAAGCAAUCCCCAGCCACAAGUUCAUCGUUCAUACAAACAGACAGUUCCUUCGAAGCGGAUGAUUCGCCAGACUGGAAGAAUUCCGAAAGCUACCGUCGCGAGACGAGAGUAGCAGCUCGAAGGAGAAGUAUGAUGGUGUAG